GAAAAAAAACAGCAAACCCUCAACGUCACAUGACCUCCCUGACUCCUCCCACUCAUCAGACUGGGGUCCUUCAAGGCUCCCUCGGUCUUGGCUGCCAGUGGACGUCUCUCCUGCGAGCCGACCAGCAGACCUCAGCAUCAGUGCAGAAUGCCACUCGGAGGAGGCAACAAGUGCGGCUGCUGCCAGAAAACGGUCUACUUUGCAGAAGAAGUGCAGUGUGAAGGGCAGAGCUGGCACAAAUCCUGCUUUCGCUGCAUGGUGUGCAAGAAGAACCUGGACAGCACCACAGUGGCCGUGCACGUGGACCAGAUCUACUGCAAGUCCUGCUACGGCAAGAAGUACGGGCCCAAAGGCUACGGCUACGGAGGAGGAGCAGGAACCCUCAACAUGGACACGGGAGAGAGACUGGGAAUCCAGCAUGAAGCAGAAUCUCCACACCGUCCUACCAAUAACCCCAACACCUCCAAGUUUGCCAUGAAAGCCAGCAGCUCUGACGCGUGCCCACGAUGCGAAAAAACCGUGUAUGCGGCCGAGAAGGUCAUUGGCGCCGGCAAAUCGUGGCACAAAGGUUGCUUCCGUUGUGCCAACUGCGGAAAAGGACUGGAGUCUACCACGCUGGCUGACAGGGACGGUGACAUCUACUGUAAAGGUUGCUAUGCCAAGAACUUUGGUCCCAAAGGGUUUGGUUUUGGUCAAGGUGCCGGAGCCCUGGCUCACUCCCAGUAAAGCCAGGACCCACUCCACGUCUCCGGGUUGUUGGACUGAGCUUCUUCUCCUCCACGUGUGAACCUUCCUACUUGUGUGUGUCCAAGUUCACUUCUAUUGCACCUUCUCUCAGAACACUUCCCUCGGCACAAGACGAAAAAAUAUAUUGACCAUACACCGAUACUACUCUUGGUAUCGUUAGUGUUGAUUGAUACUGUUUGGAGUCAAAAGCUUAGUGGUUAGUGAUGCUUCUUGGUAUCAUCCUGUUGUGUGUAGUGUAGCAUGUUUAACUACUCUCUGUCCUGAUAAUGUUACGUGUAAAAACAUCAUUUCCACUAAGUAGCUGCACUGUUGAGGAAUGUUAGUCCCGAGCUUGCUGGCAAGAUGCUACCUUGCUAUUUGCCGAUGUCAGAUGUGCAGGACUAGAAUGUGCCGUCAACAUGCAUGAUCAGCAAUAUUACAUGAUAAUAUAUUUUAUUGCACAACCCUUCUGUUAAGGUCAAAUGUAGUUCUAGAAAUAUUCAUAAAAAAACACUCGACUGAUUUUGGAAUCACUUCGGAAGAGAAGGUUUGUAAGGUCGAGUCCUGACCACCACUUCACUGAUCUUGACAUUCCUGCCUUGUCUUCUUCAUCUGGAAGCUGCUCUGCUUUAGUGCGUCACAUGUCACAUGUCAUCUUGGUGACACUAAAUAAAUAUCCUGAGUCAGCACUCUUUCAUUCCAA